AUGAGCGAAGACCCGAGCUUCUUUCACGUGCUCGUCCCGGAUCCCAAACUCCCCCGGACUCUCUUCCUCGAGGAGCUCAGCACUAGCAACCACUUGUUCGACCUCGGAAGGAGGAGGGAGAAGGAGGAGGAGGAGGAGACUGAGCCUGCUCCACAGGUUGUCGUCUCGGAGUUCCGCAGGGUCUACAGUCAGGGGGAUAACGUGGUAGUCAUCGCGUUUGACAAGUUUGCGACCCCAGCUACCGCAUGGUGCCCGCGAUGCUCGAUCCAAAAAGAGAAACCUACCUGGAGGAUCUUUGACAGAAUCGCUGGGGGGACUGUUCACAACACUGCGUAUAUGCCGGCAUUCAGCGAGGAGGACGGCAAGCUGCACAGCGAUCGAGACCUCAUGAUCCUGUACGAGCUGAACUUCAACUCCUUCCUCGAGACUCAGGACAUCCGGAUGGCCUACAGCAGCGCGGAGGCGAUGCAGGAGCUGUCAGGGAGGAGAAACCUCUUCUUCCUGGACCAUGAGGCGAUGAUGGCAGGAUCCGGGCUCUAUAUCGUGUCAGACUUCUGUUAG